AUGCAGAUACUUCGGACGUCUAACAGUGAUUAUACGUUUUCCAUUUGCGAAUUAAAUCUUCUACAAAUUGCCCGGGAUGGUUUUUUGACCACUGGCCUUGUCGGCAAUCUGGACGUCUUAGAGCCACGUCUGAGGAGGAGGAUGCAAGCUGCAAGAUGGGAUCUUAGAGACACUCAGGACGACCCGGCGUUUCAAGCGCAGGGUAUCGCGCCAUUGGUCCAUUUACCAAGCGACAUCAGAUUGCAGAAGAGGUGGGUCCAAUGCCCGGUCAAAUUAAAAAAUGUCGGUAGUGUAGAUAUCGUAGGUGCUACAAAGAGAUUAGGGUAUUACAUCCGGUGGUAUUUCAGGAGUGAGCUAUGCCUUGGAUACGAAGAUAUUCCCGAAGACAUCGAUAGCUAG